AUGGCUUCGACUCUGAUGGCCCUGGUUUUGACCUGUCUCACCUUUCAACUAGUCCUUACCAAUGCACAAACACCAGCAGCUGCACCCACUACGGCUACAACACCGCCACCACCUACCACACCGAUUGCACCAGCUGCGCAACCACCGACUGCUGUAACACCACCCCCUGUAACCCCACCCACAACCCCGCCAACAACAUCACCACCCCCUAAAGUUGCACCAUCCACAAGCCCGACAUUCCCACCCCCAAAAACUCCACCAAAGAUUUCACCUGUCUCAACUCCAUCUCAGCCACCAACACUGCCACCACCACCACCACCAGUUGUUUCACCACCACUACCACCUCCACAAGUAGCACCACAGGUAUCCCCAACCCCAGCUCCUGUUAAGAAACCGCCGGCGCCAGCACCAGCCAAGGCAGCACCAGUGCCCUCACCAUCACAAGCACCGCCAGUAUCAGCGCCAACACCAGUUGUCGCGGAACCAGCUCCAGCCCCUGUGGAAGUGCCGUCACCUGCACCUGCUCCACAUAAACACAAGAAAAGGAAGCACAAGCACAGGAGGCAUCAUCAUGCACCAGCACCGGCGCCAACUGUCCAAAGUCCCCCAGCCCCACCUAUAGUGACAGAUACAGAGGAUACAACACCAGCACCAUCACCAACUUUGGAUUUGGUAUAA